UUGGUUGGUGCAACUGUUUAAAAUCUCGAGCGGCUUUGAUAAACUCGUGCAAGAUGCAAAGUAGUUUUUGAACUUUUGUGACUGCUUUGGUGCUUUUUGGGCGAUUUCAAAUCUUUUGCUCCCUUGCGGAUCGACUGGAAAGCCAAGGAAUUCGGCUGACUGGAAUGGCUGAUUUGACAACACAGUGUGCAUCUUUUGUCGAAAAUCCAGAAACAGAUGAAAUGAGAAUAAGCGAUUCCCUGGGAAUAACGGCACCAAUUAAAAGAAUGUAUUUGGACGACGAAUUGUUCCCAGAUAUCUCUCUGGUUGAACUUUCACCAGAUGAACACAGUACGGAGGAGUUAUUUCAACUUAAUACCACGCCAAUAUCGCCUCUGGCUGCAACGACACCGUUCAGAAUUCCUGGUAGGCUCAUCGAAGUCGCUCACAACAACUCUAAAUUGAUUCCCUCUCUGCUGCCAAGCAUGGAUGUAAAAGCAAAUGGUAGCCAAACUCUCAACUCGGAUGUUAAACCUUCGUUUUGGUUGCGUGACGAGUGCUUACCGGACAUUACUAAUUACUCAUUUGAUUCCAUGAUGCAACAAAGUAUCAAUUUUAGUAUGAACAUAACUGCUUCUGACAUGGAGAGACUUAACUGUGCACAGAAGGCGACUAUUGAAUCCAAUUUAGAACAUGUAGCGACUUCCCCUUUAACUGCAUCUCCAAUAAGCUUCCCUCAAAACAAAGGACAGGGUCUGUCAACGUCCACUGAUAAAGAUCCAACCCUGGGGUGUGGACCUCCAGAACAGGAUGGCCUGCCCACAACCAGUAUGACGAGUGAUGAGAGCACGAUAACCCGGUCGAGCGAUGACGGCCGUCACAACACCUUCGAUGCGGCUCCUCUUUCUCCGGCCAACGGAACAAUGUCCGAAAGUAAUUCUAGUGUCAGUCACCACAACAUCUUGGAAGCUAAAUCUCGUCCUCUGGCCAAUGAAACAAUCAUUUUGUCAGACAGCAGUCCCAGUGACCUUCAGCGUGACACUUCCGAUGCUAACUGUCCCGCGCCGGCUGUUGACACUGAAUCAGAAAGCGGCUUUCGUGAGCGUCCCAACGUCACCUUCAACGCGAGCCUUCUCGCUCAGUCCAACAUUGCAUUAGAAAAAGGUUCCAGCAACAAUCCCCACAAUACCUUCGACGCGGAUCCUAAAUCCAACCGAACAAUUCUACUGGAAAACAUCUCGAGCGACCGUCAGUACAUUACCUUCGACCCUAGCCUUCUUUCUCAGGCCAACAUCACAUCAGAAGAGGGCUACAUCGACAAUCCCCAUGACACCUUCGAUGUGGCCAACGGAACAAUGUCCAAAAGCAGUUCUAGUGGCAGUCACCAAAACAUUUUGGAAGCUAAAUCUCACCCUCCGGCCAAUGAAACUAUAAUUUUGCCAGACAGCAGUCCCAGUGACCUUCAGCGUGACACUGCCGAUGUUAAUCAUCCCGCACCGGCUGUUGACGCGGAAUCAGAAAGCGUCUCUCGUGAGCGUCACCACGGCACCUUUGACGUUAGCCUUCUCUCUCAGUCUAACAUCCCAUCAGAAAAAGAUUCCGCCAACAAUCCCCACAACACCUUCGACGCUGAUCCUAAAUCCGACCGAACAAUUCAACUGGGAAACUUCUCCAGCGACCGUAGUUUCCACACUUCAACUCCGUUGUCUUGUAAAAUGGAUUUCUUCAACGUCGGUGUUGAUCUGACCAAAUCUUUGGUAACGGAGGAAAAACCGGAUGGGGAUACGGCCAGUAAGCCGGAAGUCCGGGAAACACCCGUCGUCAUCUCAUCAGACGUCUGCCGUCCAAAGAUAUCGCAAGCUCAACCAGCCGCUAAAUCGCUGCUGCCUUGCUUGAAAGCUUCAUCGCAGCUGCCCAAGUUCAAGCCGUUGCUUCAGAAGCGAGGCAAAACGCUAACAUCUGGACUCCCCGUCAAACAAAGUGUGCCUUCUCACACGCUUAAGGAGAAUUUAGCGGUCCCUCGCGCAACCUCCUCUUCACAUGUGACACCAAUGCCGAGGCCCAAAACCGGAGCGGAGAAAACCCAAAUAGCCAGAAAGCCACCAAGCAUCCCAAAAGUGCUGCCACCUCCCCGGACGCAAUUGACAAGAAGCAGCACGCUGACUUCAAGUACUGCAUCUAAUCCUGCAGUUACCCUUCCGCAAACCAGGAAGCGGGACAUUAGCAGAGAGGCACAAUUGACGCAGACGAAGAAGAUAAAGACAGGUCAAAUAAAUAAAAGAUUGACUGCUCCACGUGACAUUUUCAAAUAUCCCACAAGUUCAUGUGAUUUCCUCUUCAGAUACUGCGGUGUCCGCAGCGGCUGGAGAGGCUGUCAGCAGAAGCAAAAACAUAAAACCACCCGUGAAGCAUCAGAUAAGUCAGUCAGGUUGUCAAACAUGUAUUGUGCUUAAGGCUGAAAAUCAACGACUGAAAGAGGAAUUGCAAAAGUACAAGAGAGAAGACAAGUAAAACACCUCUUAAAUCACCUGGCCUGCACUUUGUUUCAUUUUUUAAGUUAUGCUUAAUAAAAGUUUGAACUGUG